UGUAUACUAAAAAUGUGCAUCAUAAUUUCCCAGGUCCCAAAGUGAUGUCUCCAACCAUCAGUCCAAAAACAUAAAGACUCUUCAUUUACGCUCAUAAAUGAAAAAGAAAACCAGUAAUCCCCUACAUUUAAGACGCUUGAAACAUGACAAACGAUUCAAUCGACUGAUCAACUAAUCGUUGCAGCUCUACUUGUUAGCUGCUUGUUUCAGCUUAACUUUUUUCACUUGUAAGACGGUCAAUAUAUCGGAGAAAACACGCUGACAGAGCUGGCCAAUUUCUUUCAGGAUCUGUCUGAACACUGGAGUCACUGAGCACAAAUGAAGCCAGCGGCUAACAGUCGAGUAACCGUUACUGGACUUACAUCGACAUACAUUCAUCAGGUGUUCAGAACUUGAUGGCAUGAUAAAGUCACUCUCUUCCUGCUGGAUGUGAGUUAAUCUGGGCAUGUGUAGGCGGUGAGGCUUCUUUCCUCCGCUGUGGAUAAGCAUCCGGAUAGCGCCUGUCUGUGCACAGGCUUCACGCCACAUCGCUGUGAGAGCCCCGAGCAGGAGCGGAGAGGCAGAGCAGCAGGUCCCCGACAUGGCUAAAGAAGGAGCAGAUAUGACGGAGGAAACCGAGUGCAUGAUAAACAAAAAUGCGGGGAAGGAAACAGAAAACGUGGAAUCGUCCGGCGAUGCCAAUGAAAUGCGAGCGGUGAUACUGGCAGGUUUUGGAGGUCUUAACAAACUCAGGGUGACCAAGAAGGCGAUGCCCGAGCUCCAGGAUGGUGAAGUGAAGAUCCGCGUCAAAGCGUGUGGCUUGAAUUUCCUAGACCUGAUGGUACGUCAGGGGACUAUUGAUAAUCCUCCAAAACCUCCUCUUGUCCCUGGGUUUGAAUGCUCUGGAAUAGUGGAGUCAGUGGGUGAAAACACAACAGGGUUUGAGAUAGGCGACAGAGUUAUGGCUUUUGUGAAUUAUAAUGCCUGGGCAGAAGUUGUUUGCACACCAGUGGAUUUUGUCUACAAGAUGCCAGAUGAAAUGACUUUUGCUGAGGCUGCUGCAUUCUCCCUGAACUUUGUGGCUGCCUAUAUGAUGCUCUUUGAGGUUGCCAAUCUGCGAGAGGGGAUGUCAGUGUUGGUUCACUCAGCAGGAGGUGGUGUAGGUCAAGCUGUGGCUCAGCUGUGCUCCACUGUCCCUAACGUCACAGUGUUUGGGAUCGCCUCAUGUUUCAAACACGCUGCCAUCAGAGACUCGGUGACUCACCUCUUUGACAGAAACAUUGAUUAUGUGCAAGAAGUCAAAAAGAUUUCUCCAGAGGGCGUCGACAUUGUGUUGGACUGUCUGUGUGGGGAGAACACAGCAAAAGGCCUGACUCUGCUGAAGCCUUUGGGAACUUACAUCCUCUAUGGCGCGUCAAACAUGGUAACUGGGGAAACAAAGAGUUUCUUCAGCUUUGCAAAAUCCUGGUGGCAGGUGGAGAAGGUGAACCCUAUCAAACUGUACGAGGAGAACAAAGUUGUAGCAGGAUUCUCGCUCCUCAACCUCCUCUUCAAGCACAGGAAAUGUAGUCUUGUGAAAUCAGUGAUGGACAAACUCUUGUGUCUCUAUGACCAAAAGAAAAUCAAGCCGGUAGUGGACUCUCUGUGGGCGCUGGAGGAGGUAAAAGAGGCCAUGCAGAGAAUUCAUGACAGAGGAAACAUAGGAAAACUCAUUCUGGAUGUUGAAAAGGCUCCGACUCCUCUGAUGGCCAGUGACAGUACAGAGACCAGUGAAGCAGGAGAGGAAGAAGAGGAGCCCGAGGGAGACAAUGACAACAAGGAGCGAAUGCCUUUCAUCCAUUAAACCCUCACUUCAACACACCUAGAGACUGGAGAAGCUACACACAUCCCCUCACAGAGGAAGACAACUACACAGUGUUGUGCAGUAUGUGCGUAUGUAUGUAUGUAUGUAUGUAUGUGCUGUAUGCAUGAAUGUAUGUAUGUAUAGGAUAUGUUUGCAUCUCUUGUCUGUCUCCCAGUGCUUGUCAGUUGUCAAGCAAAAUUUUUGGGGCAAAUGAAAACAUCAUGUUAUCCAUGUCAUCCAGCCAACAAGUGCAAGUGCCAUUCUAAAAGUAGUAUUACUAUAUUAUCUACUGUAUUAUGAAGUGAUACUAUGCUGGCCUAUUGUGUGAAUAGGUUUGUGUCCAUUAUAUAAGUUAAUUGCAUCUGCCAGCAGUUUACUGAAUUAUCAACAGACUGAAUAAGCGUUUAAACUUGCUGUCUCGCUGAUAUCACUUCAACAUUAUCACCCCCAUAAACAGAUUUAGGAGAGCACUUAAGUGUCACAUCAUGCCUGGUCACAGAGAUGACGGGUGUCAAAUGAGAGCAAACAACUGACAUACGUUUGAGAAAAUGUUUUAAUGCAGUGAAUCACUUUCUCACUAGUUACACUAGUAAUGUGUAAGCCAGUAGAAGUACGAAAGUCUGUGUGCACCAGACUUUUCUAGAUAUGUGCAUGAUAUUUUCUUCUUACACUUCUUAUGGGAUCACCUGUGCCUUUGAGCUAAGUGUUUUAUACUUGAACUGAUUUCCUCCUAUAAAGUUCACAUUGAAAAAAGAAACAACAACAGAAAGGUAUUUUUAACUGGAAUGUAAAAACUGAUGCGUGUUGAAUUUGUGCCGACAUCAGAGCUCUGAAAUAUUUUUCCAAUUGAACUGUAGAUGCAGCACUUUUACUAAAAUAUAUAAUAUAGAAUACAAUGAAGUGUUACAUUUAUUGGCAGGUCAGUUUUACAAAAUGGAACAAAUUUGAGUGUCAAAUUUCCAUCUGUGUCAAAACCUUACAGAAUAUACGUAAAUCCAGAUGAGAUAAACUAGUGAUGUCUUAGUGGAGGAUGCGGUCAGUCAGACGGCAAGUCAACCUUUUAUGGAGUUUCUGCUUUGCUUGUCUAACCAAAGUUGCUUAAUUGCUGGUGCCUCACAACAAAAGUGCCAUAAGACUCCAACAUGAAUUAUUUUUUACAAUCAGCUGGUGUAUAAAGGCAGGAUGAUGUGUACUGCUUUAUUUUAAUAUGAUGCCCUCUGCUUCACUCCAUAACAGCUAGCAGGGAGCAAAUAUUUACAACUUCCAUUCACCUUCUAUGGACGAAUGAUCUGUUUUUAUUUUUCAUUCAUCAAAUUAGAAACUGUUAUCCUGUUUGACCAUUUCUUUGACCACGCUUAUUCAGUGUGAUUCAUAUCAGAUAGUCAUCUGAAUUAUUUACUUUUCUUGAAUUAUUAAAGAAGGACUGGAGUAUACAUCAGAAAGUAUUUUUUCAACUAUUAAAACAAUAAAACAGUCAGUGUUUUGUAUUCAUGCCAUUUUAAGAAAUUAAAGAUGCAUGACUUUAGUAACAGGAGUAAACACUGCAUGCUUUGGAGCUCAAUGAUAAACAGUGGACGGAGUUAAUGGGUGUAAUUAUAGAAACUGAUGUGUAGACAUUUUGGAAAUACAUGUCGGUUUUCAUGCCUUUAAUGUUAUGUCUGUUUGUGUGAGAGAGAGGAAAAAAAGAAAAAAGUCUAAAGAAAAGUUUAGCACAUCAUUUAGCAUUGUAGUGUUGAGAAAAUUGCUUAGAAACUAUGGUUUACCUGUGGUCGUAUAUUUUUGUCACAUUUUUUUGCUGUGUACUUUCUUUGAGUACAGCUCUGUUUACUUGAAUAAAUUUAUCU